AUGGGGGUGAGCAUUGUCGUGAUGCAGUUUCCAGCGUCUGACAAGGAAAAGGACUUUUGUGACACCAUCUCGCUGAUCCUCACACCCACCCCAGCCCAGAACUGCAAUCAUACCUACUGGCUCAUGUUGCUACUUCCCACCCAAGAAUGGACAGUGGUCAUAGCAGCCUACCUCAACUGUCACCAUCAGGCACUGGGUGACCGCAUACCUCGGCCCCGGUCGCCUCGUACCAGUGACAGCGACCCAGUGCCUGGUAGUCGGAAGGUCGUCCAUGAUAAGGUUAUAACAUUUGUAGUUUGCAAGUGGGGGUGUUCGCUUGAGUGGUGCUCAGUCUUUCGUCUGCGUGCGGUGAUGGGUGACCGAGUGGUUCUACUACUUUUGCUGAGGCUGCUAUCGCCGCUGCUGCUGCUGAUCCUAGUGCCUUCGACAGCUGCUACUGGGACGCUGCUCCAACUGCCGGGGCUUGAGUGUUUCGAGAGAGUGGCGAUCGGCCGCCGUCUCAACAAUACAGACGUUAGCCGAACACUGACCACCCGAACUGUGAACCAAUGCGAGCAGGAGUGUGAGAGAGAGCAGUGCAAUGCUUACAGUUUCGGGAUCGGCAGUCGGGGGAACGGAACUUGUGAGAUCAGCGUGGGCAAGCCCGAGAAUGAACCGGUGGAGGACACGGACUUCGACUUCUUCCUCAUGAGCGGGCGAUGUCAAAACAGAACAGCAUGUUUUCGACGGUUCGCCACUGGCCGCAAGCUAGCCGACCGCUACCUCAGACGGACCGUCCCUACAGCCUCUCUGAGACAUUGCGAGGAGCUCUGCGCCCAGGAGGAGGCGUUCCUCUGCGAGGGGUUCAAUUUCAGGUUCGACGGGACCGGGCGAGGUCGAAGCAGUUGCCAAUUGACCUCUGUGCCCUCUGACCAUCUGGACCCAACGAUGGACUUCAACGCUGACCGAGACUACGACUUCUUCGAGCGCGACAGGAACGCUCCGAAGUCUUGCACUCGCCCAUGGAGUGGACUCCGCCCGUGGACUCAAUACGGCUCGCAACGCUUACAUGGGGUUAUGGGGGGCUAUGGGGGCUAUGGUGUUGGGGGCUAUAGCAUGCGCCAUCCAUCCAGCGAUGAAUGUUUCGUGAGGAUGAGGCCAGGGUUUCGUCUAGAGAGGUCCAUCGUGGUCCUGACAGUAUCAGCUCCCACCCUCUACCAUUGCGAGACUGAGUGUGCCAAUGAGAAGAACUUCGUCUGCAACAUCUUCAGCUAUCGGUACAGCCAAGGGCCGAGCCUGCCAGGGGACAACUGCCAGCUAGGCGAGCGUCUCUUCAGAGCUCUCGACCUGUACACGGACAUCGUGCCUGACCGGGACUUUGACAUCUACGCCAGAAACGAGUACGGCCGUCAAGGGUGCCGUCCCCAGCGUCCCUUCGGCAGCGAUUGCUUUGAACGGAUAAGGAGUGGCCUGGGCCUACAUUCUGGUAUGACUAGACUUGCUGUGAGAGUCAACUCACUACAGGAGUGUGAACAAGCUUGCCUCAUGUCCAGGUUCUUCACCUGCCGAGCCUUCAGUUUUAGGUACAGUACUCCAGUUAUAGGCCAAGCGCAGGAGAACUGCAGACUGACAGACUGGCCUGUGCCCGAGAUGAACCCUAUGAAGCACCUGGUGGACGAGGCAGGGUGCGAGUUGUACCACAGGGCGAGCUACGGCCACGGUUGUGAGUUGGACCGAUGGCCUCAGGUACAGGGAAGGCCCCAGAGUAUACCCCCGGUCUACCGUCCCAACAAGUACCCCAGUUACGGCACCGCCCCUGGCAACUCCCUGUACUACGGUGACCACUCCGGACCCAGUGGCGGAGGGAAGGUGUCUACGUCGUCCCAGGCGUGGUAUGGGGGCAGGCCUACUGGAGUGUCUGGUACCGGAGCUGGGGUAUACCUUCCACCCUCCGCAUAUGGAGACACCUCAGGAAUGACCUCUAGGCCGCUUGAUGACUUCUGCUACGUCAGCUACAACUACCCAGCGAGACUUCUGCCCAAGUCCAUCCACAACUCUCUCUAUGUCACCUCAGAAGCCCAGUGUCGGGCGGAAUGUACACGAGCACGCAUGCGAUCCAUAUUCCGCUGCGCAUCUUUGAGCUACAGGGGUACUACUUGUGAACUGAGUGCUAUCGAGCUACGGGAUCUCAGACCGGGGUACGACUUUGUACACGACAGGGACUUCUGGCUGUUCUCAUGGGACUUCAGCGACGCCCGCUGUUACGUACCUCCUUCAGGAACACCACAACCCCUCCCAGGGGCCAUCCCCCCUACCAGUGAAACGUGGCAAAGAUUCACCGUUAGCGGACGACCCUGUAGAGCGGGCACAGUGUGCUCUAUGAACUUCGAGGUGGGCAUCUGGACGUGCCCAGUGGACGACGUGGGAGACUGGGACUACUGCUGUAGGUCUGGGCAUCACUGUGGCUACUCCGAGGGCUACAGCUACCCUUGGUGCUACGUAGGCAGUGCUGACAAAGACCAAUGGAGACCAUGUAGCGAUCACUACUACCCCUACGUUGGGGAGGACCGUCCCAUGCACUGGCCAGUCGCCUACCUACAUAGGGAGGGCCCUCCCAACGGUACCUUCCAACCGUCCCAUACUGGCACUCCCAGACCUUCCCUCGUGGAUGCCUUCCUCCAGACCAUCAACAACCACCUAAACCCUCAGCAGAACACUUCUUCACCUGACUUCCAGGUAGUAGAUCUGAAAACAGAACCACCACCCAACAAUGUAAACGGCAGUGCAAUGACGAAGCUAUGGACUUGGGGCCAAUCAAAAUUUAACUCCACAUUGACUACCGUAGACGUCAACAACGGUACUUCCAACAGCAACUCCACGUCAAGCAGUUGAGCAGCCAAGGUCAACCACCGUCAACAUCAACAACAUCAACAUCACAACAUCAAACGUCAACCGAGGGAUUUGCCAUACUCCUAUAGCUCUUCCUGACAAGAUGUUCGAUGAUGGUGUUAUUUGAUAAGUAACGAAUAUAAGAUAUGUCAAUAGGUCUCAAUUGUGUUUUCGCACUGAGAAAAUGAACUGAUGCUUUUGUGUUAGAAGAACGUAUCAACCCAAGAUGAUUAUGGGAGUGAAGGCGGUAAAAGGACAUUGAUCUCUUUUGUAUUCAAUUACUUUUAGGUAUAUAGAGGUAACUUUUUAUUCCAAAGGGAGGCAAAUCACGCUUUUUAUUCAUCAUUUCAUUAUGAACACGAGUAUGGUUAUCAAACCUAAUUGCUUAUUUUACCAAGCAUUUCGUAGGCCUUCCCAAAACUAAAGAUAGUCUAUGCUGAUUAUGUUUCAAUUCAGCAAACUAUUGUCAAAACGUAAUUAAAGUGUUUUCAAUGCUAGUGAAAUUUUACAGGUAACCGAUGUUUUAUAGUAGUUUUCAAAACAAUAUAGGUCAUGGUAAAAAAUAUAAAACAUGAAAUAUACUUUUGAUGAGUUGAUGAGGCGAAUCAUCUAAACACCCUCAUAAAUAAAAGUUGCAAGUGUGAUAAUAUUACAUUUUUAAUAAAUACUAUGAACACUGUUUAGAAUAUAGUAUAUUUGUAUAUUAUUUAUUUGUUAUAUUUGUAUUUAAUUUAUGUUUGUAAAACAAUUGUUUAGCUCAAGUGUGAUUGAAAUGGUGUAUUAUUGUUAUGAACCCAUGUGCAAUAUUUUUGUACGAGUACAGUAUAUCCUUCGUUCGGACAAUGCAUUUGCAAAGA